GAGGCACGCUCGUAGAAUGAGUAACAGCGCCAUCUCGUAUAGUGGUACGGAACUACGUGAUGAGUGUUUUGUGAAGGAAGGGCGGGAAGAGCAUGUGCAGCAUGUUUUGGGGCCUAGCAGGCGCUGCCUUGCCUGGGCCUGUAAGGCUUGUAAGAGAAAAACAGCGGCCGUCGAUCGGAGAAAGGCUGCGACGCUCCGGGAGCGACGGCGGUUGAGGAAAGUAAACGCAGCAUUCGAAGAGCUAAGAAUACGAGCGCGGGCUGGUAGCGGUCGAUUACCGAAGCUGGAGAUCUUGAGAGCAGCUAUACAGCACAUAGAAAGGCUACAAGCCGCGCUGAGAGCUGCUGCAGCGUUAGAAACAGAAAAUUGCAAAAGUUACCUGGAGACGCCAGUGACGAGCGCGCGCACACAACACGACGCAAAGGAAAUCAAAACGGAAGACGAGAAACCUUUCUUAAAUAAUGAGAGCAGCGUGUGUGGAGGAAACAGUCUGGCUCGCCUUAGAUGUAUAGUACAAGCCUUAUCCAAAGACAUCGUACAAUGA